AUGGCAAUCUCAAAAAAGACAUCCACGAAACUCCAGAAAGCGGCGGAAACCAGCCACAGUACUGAGGCCCUUCAGCCACCAAAACUAAACGAAACAAGUCGGUUCGGUGGGGCUCCGCAGGACGAAAGCGACAAUCCCAAUGAUCAUGAUAUCUCUGAAAUUCCAAGAUUCAAUGCCCAUCGCUUCAUUGCCUUAGGGGCUGUCGCUUUAGAUACUUUCCCACUUCCAAAAAUCUUGUUUAACGCAGGUACCUUGAGCUACGUCCUGUUUUCAAUCAAACUUCUGUGGAAGGUCUCCACAAUGUUUCGGAAUCAACCGCAUGCAGUGGCUAUCGGGUUUGUAACUCCGGGUGUCGCUAUAUUCACACUCGUCCAGCGCUCUACCUCAAAACGAGUUCAAGUUCUAGCCGCGGUCGAGGGCAUGGAUUCCGCUAUCUCACAGAUUGCUGUAGAUAUCACGAUGCUAACUGGCGCUUUUACACUGUGCCCGGUGAAACAAAUCAGUGCACUCUUGGAAAAGACGAUCUUCGUGACCAGAGCCCUUCAGUUUCCCAGCCAUUUCACAAAGUACGAGGCAUUGUUCCACUAA